CCCUUUAACGGUUAGCUUGGAACGUAAGCUAACGUUACACCGAUGCUAAGGAAGUAGCUAACGUACAGAGCCCCUAAAGCAACGCUGGCGGCCACGGCGCGACAAUAACAGCUAACUAUGCUACGUGCGCGCGAUAGGCCGCUACAUGUUACCUGUAGAGGAAGGUGAGCGAUGGAUUUCCUCACCCUGUUCGCGGUGUACGUCGCGGUGGUGCUCACGUGCAUACUCUUAGUUUGCAAAUACUCGGGCCAGCAGCAGACCCCGUUUAGUCUCCUCUACAACUCUGUGGGCCAGGUAGUGGCACCAAUAACGCCGAGAUGGCUCCAAAGCUUGACCCAAAGGACCCUGCACCGGCUGUUCCAUCAAAGGAACAACAUGUUCAUCUAUCUGCACAUCCUGCUGGAGGGGGCCGUGUAUGCAGAGUUCACCUACGAGGUGUUUGGCUUCUGCAGGGAGAUGGACACCACUCUGACCCAUCUGUCUGUGCCGUACGUCCUGCUGGUCCUCCAGAGCGUCUUCUUCUACCUCUGCGUCAAGAGGGAUCCGGGCACAGUGACGAAGAAGAAGCUCUCUGGCCAGCUGAGCCUCUACCCUUACGACAGGAGGCUGUUUCACCCGGGAGUCUCUUGUGAAACCUGCCAGCUCAUCAAACCGGCUCGCUCCAAACACUGCAGGGUCUGCAACAGGUGCGUCCAACGCUUCGACCACCACUGCGUCUGGGUGAACAACUGCAUCGGCGCUCAGAACACGCGCUACUUCCUGCUCUACCUCUUCAGCGUGUGCGCCGCGGCGGGCGACGUCGCCGUGCUGACGGGAGACAUGCUGUUUCACGCCGUGCUGCGGUCGGGGCUCCUGAGGGCCAGUUAUGUCGACGAGGCGGGCGAGCAACAGCCAGCGGGGGCCCUGUUUGCUGUGCAGCAUCUGUUUCUGACCUUCCCCCGAAUCGUCUUCAUGCUGGGGUUUCUGGCUUUCGUCUUCUUCCUCCUGGCGGGUUACGCCCUUUUCCAUUUCUACCUGGCUCUGGUCAACCAGACCUCCAAUGAGUGGUACAAAAGUCGAGGCUACACGUGUCGGCACUGCCAUCCCGACGCAGCAGCCGACCCGGCGCCGGACCACUCGGAAAGAAACUACUACAGCAAGGGACCGCUGCGAAACCUGCAGGAGAUUCUCUUCCCCCCGAAACCUGGGCAGAAGAAACUCAGCUGAAGAAGAAGUCACUGCAGCAUCUACUGUCGGAAAACUGCUGUUAACUGGAUCAAUAAAGUGUGAUUUUUUUA